GCCACCCCGCCCACUAUUCCUGAUGGGGCUGGCGACACCGUGGCUGCGUGUGGGUGUCGCUGGCAUGUGGACAGGCAGCCAUCUGCUGGUGCCCUGCCCACUGGGAUCGGUGACCCCAGCUUCCUGAGGCCCGAUGUGGUUCCCUGGGGCAAUAGACUUAGGCCAGGAGACCAGGAGCCUCUAACAAUGUGGAGCAGAAACAGUGGAAGAUGUGGAGCUAAGGAGGGGCUUUCCUAAGUGUACUGCCUUAGUUUUCCUGAGGGGAUGCUGUUCUAGGAGGGAGAUUCUGGAUGACCUAGUUUCUGAGGGGUGGGGACAAGAGCAGGCCUGGCUGGCCAUCUCCCUCAUUCCUCAUGAAGAUCUUGGGGUGUUGGUAGGGGCUUGAAUCCUGAUUCUGACAGACUUGGGGGUUGGAACCUCAGGGUGGAUCCCCUGUUGCCUUGUCUUCUGGGUUCUCUGUGGGAAUGGGAGCCAGGAGUUCUGGCACCAACAUUGAGGGGGCGGGACCCAGCACAGCUGGCCCCUCCCUGGACCAGGGCCUCAAAUACCUGAGUGUGCCCAGGCAGCAGACAGACCUUUUGCCAUACCAAGACCUUGGAGUCUGGUACCACGGACACACUCCCAGCCUGGACCUCAAACCCUUACUUGGGCCCAAAUCCUGAGCCUCUGGCACUGCCCUAUCCACAUCUCAGGUGAGUCGGGCUGGAUGGUAAUGGGGUGUGUCUGUUUGGGCUUCAGUUUUCCCACGGAGUAGGAGAAUGGCCAUGAGCCCAGCACACCAACCACCCUGGGGAGAGCGCAGGGGGAGCCUGCCCUUGGUGCUGGCCAGCAUCGGUGGCAUUCCCUGUCAGGCCCCCACACUGGGGAGGUGAGGGGUGGUUGGGUGUGUCCGACUCCCGGUGGGUGCUCAGGGCUGUGUCUGUCCUCCCAGCCACUACCUCGGAGCAAUGGGACGGCCCCGGGCCCUCCUGGCUGCGCUCUGGGCCCUGGGGGCUGCCGGGGCAGCAGCGCUGCGCAUUGGAGCCUUCAAUAUCCAGAGUUUUGGUGACAGCAAAGUGUUGGACUCAGACUGUGCCAGCGUCAUCGCACAAAUCCUGGCUGGCUAUGACAUCACGCUCGUGCAGGAGGUGCGAGACCCGGACCUGAGCGCAGUGUCCAUGCUCAUGGAGCAGAUCAACAGCGUGUCUAGGCACCAGUACAGCUACGUGAGCAGCGAGCCCCUGGGGCGGGAUCAGUACAAGGAAAUGUACCUGUUCGUUUACAGGAAGGACGCGGUGUCGGUGGUAGACACGUACCAGUACCCGGACCCGGAGGACACCUUUAGUCGUGAACCUUUCGUGGUCAAAUUUUCAGCCCCCAACUCCGCUGCCAAGGAGCUGGUGCUGGUCCCGCUGCAUGCUGCUCCCCACCACGCAGUGGCGGAGAUCGAUGCUCUCUACGAUGUGUACCUGGACAUUAUUGACAAGUGGGGCACCGACGACAUGCUGUUCCUGGGCGACUUCAACGCGGACUGCAGCUACGUGAAGGAGCAGGACUGGCCGUCUAUCCGCCUGCGCAGCAGCGAAGUGUUCAAGUGGCUCAUCCCGGACAGCGCUGACACUACAGUGGGCAACUCGGACUGCGCCUACGACCGCAUUGUUGUCUGUGGUGCUCACCUGCGCAGGAGCCUGAAGCCCCAGUCGGCCACGGUGCACAACUUCCAGGAGGUGUUUGGCCUGGACCAGACUCAGGUGAGGGCGGAGCUCCAUGGAGGCGGGUGGGGGUGUCCCCUGGCCGCUCUGCACUGGCAGACAGGAGCCAGCUCUCUUCUGUCCAGGACCAGGCUCAGCCUCAGUGCACCUGGCAGUUCCCUCCUUGCCCUAGUUUCUGAAAAAGGCCCCCACAGGGUCAGCUGUGGUUGAAUGGAACAAGUCUGGGAAGGCACAAUAGGAUGCCUUCACCUCUCCCAGAGGUAGGGUCCUGAGUGUGCCCACACCCCACUUGCAGGCAACAGCAGGGAUGAACAGCCCAGGCCUCACUGGCCCGCUCACCUAGACGCAGUGGUUUCUCACAAACCCAGUGGGCUUCAUCCUAGGUGGGGGGCCAGUUCUCUGAGGUGAAGCCUCAGGAAGGACAGGCUGGCCAGCAUGGCCACUGAGACUUGGCCCCUCUCCCUCCAGGCCCUUGCCAUCAGUGACCAUUUCCCUGUGGAGGUGACCCUCAAGCCCCACUGACAGCUCGGAGGACUGGCCAGGGCAUGCUGCCUGCGGACUGGCUCUGAGGAACAGCUCCACAGGACUCAAGGUGGCUGGCCUGCCCUCAGCAAGGCUGCAGGGCAGGGUGAACUGGGCCUGGACAGGUGGCCAUUGACAUGUUACUGGAACAGUGAGCCGAUCCCAUCUGUAAAUGGCCUACCACUACCUACCUCACAGGUGUGUGAGGAGCAACCCAGAGCACUGGGUGUGGCUCUGCUCAAUAAACAAGAGUGCGCACCUAGGACCACAAACAGGUCAGCUUA